AGAACGAUCAGCAGUUUUCAGCCAGCCAGAAGCGGUCUAUACACAUGAGGGAGAGAUGGAGACUAUGAAGACUCUGCUGAAGGUUUAUCUGCUGCUGCUGAUCGGACCUCCUUUCACUUUGGAACAAACAAUGGCCCAGUACAUCACUGAGCUCCAGGUGUCUCUAGAUGAAACUGAAGAGACGUAUCUUUGUAGUCAAGGUUUCAGCAAAAUUGAUGUUGACCUGAACAAAGGAGCUGAAGGAAAAUACAUCUACCUUUGGUACAAAAAAGGCAGCAGCUCAGCAAUCACCAGGAUUCAGCUUACAUUCAAUGAUGACAUGAGCAGGGGUCUGAUCACUGCAGGUUACCAGAAGAUUUACAAAGACCUCAAUGCCGGAGCAGGCGGAGACUACAUUUACCUGUGGUACUACAGAGGUAACUCGGAGUACGAUGUUCCCAUUGUGGACCUCCAUGUCUCCAUAGAAGCAGAAGAUGAAGCCCAGAAGCUUUCAUCAGGAUGGGAGAGACUGGCCUGUGAUCUGAACCGGAAAGCUGGAGGAAAAUGGAUCUAUCUGUGGGUUAAGAGGGAGACACCAACCUACAUCUGUGACAUCACUGCCAAUGCUGACUAUGAUGGAGAUGCUCUCUACUUCCUGAACGGCUAUAUCAGAGUGGAUGAAGACACCAACAGAGGUGCAGGAGGAUCCUUCGUCUUCAUCUGGUACCGUCAGACCACUAACUCUCAAAGAGCCAUUAAAUAUCUGGAAAUCUCCAUUAACGAUAUAGAGAAGCAGAUGUUUCCAAAUCUGGGCUUUACAAGGGUAACUACUGAUCUAAGCAAGGGGACAGAAGGAAGUUCCGUGUACCUGUGGUACGACAAAGAUGUUGACGACGGUCAACCCAUCAAGGCGGUCUCUGUGAUGGUCAACACAGGAGCUGUGGAGCGGUACAGAAAUGCCGGGGUCUUCAUCAUUUCAAAAGACCUCAACAGUGGGAACGAAGGAAACCUUCUGUACCUGUUCUUCAGUCGCUGAGAGUCACGAUGGUAAAAGAGCUGAGCAUGCUCACUGGGCAGAAACCGAAGAAUCAAAGGUGUUCCUGUCUAAUCAGUUUGAUGUUUUUUCUUUCCUUUCUGAAAUUAUGUUCACCCACUGUGAUCUCAGAUCUUUGACUCCAACAAUGAUCAUUGAUCCUACAAUUAAUCUGUUUGAUUAGCUCUGUCUCAAUAAAGUUUCAAUAAAGUCUCUUCAGCACAUGAAA